UCAAAAUGGGUCGUCGUCCAGCUCGCUGUUACAGAUACCAGAAGAACAAGGCUUAUCCCAAGUCUCGCUUCUGCCGUGGUGUCCCUGACCCAAAGAUCCGUAUCUAUGAUCUUGGUCGCAAGAAGGCUGGUGUUGACGAGUUCCCUCUCUGCGUCCAUUUGUUGUGCGACGAAAAGCAGCAGAUUUCGUCCGAGGCCCUCGAAGCCGGUCGUAUUUGCGCCAACAAGUACAUCACCAAGAACUCUGGAAAGGACUCUUUCCACAUGCGUGUCCGUCUUCAUCCCUUCCACGUCUUGCGUAUCAACAAAAUGUUGUCCUGUGCCGGUGCUGAUCGUCUUCAGACCGGUAUGCGUGGUGCUUAUGGUAAGCCCAUGGGCACUGCUGCUCGUGUUAACAUUGGUCAAGUUAUCUUCUCCAUCCGUACCAAGGAUACCAAUAAGGCCGUCGUCAUUGAAUCUCUCCGCCGUGCCAAGUUCAAGUUUGCUGGUCGUCAGAAGAUUGCUGUCUCCAAGAAGUGGGGCUUCACCAAGCUCUCUCGUGAGGACUACAUCGCUAAGCGCUCUGCUGGCCUCCUCCAGCCCGAUGGUUGCUACGUCAAGUACUUGAACGAGAAGGGACCCCUCAACACUUAUUUUGAGAGAACUCUUCGCAGCCAGGCUUAAG